UACAACAAGAAAAUUAAUAUGGCUUCUCCGCAGCACCAGCAGCUGCUCCGGCACAACACAGAGGUAAGCUGCGAGUCCAGCGGAGAUGGCAGCGUGGCCGUGCGUAUUAGCGGCGGCAGCACCCCGCUCAAACAGCCGCAGCAGUGUGGCCUCGACACGCCAACUCGCCAAGGGUCUGCUGCCACCGCAGCUGGUGUUGGAGGUGGUGGUGGUGGCGGCGCGGCUGUCAAAACCAAAGGCUCGAAAUUGGGCAAGAACAGCAUCUCGUCCAGCGACAGCUCAGGUGAAUCCGGCCUGCCGAGGACAAUAAUGACAAGGCUGCGCAGCAGCCACCACCGGAAAGUCCCCCAGCUGUUCGAGCGCUCCGCGGCCCAGUGCUGGGACCCCAAAUUCGACUCGUCCAUCUUGGAAGAGGCGUGCCGCGAGCGCUGCUUCCCGCAGACGCAGCGCCGGUUCCGCUACGUGCUCUUCUACCUGGCCACGGCGGCCGUGCUGUGGUGCGUCUACUUCGGGGUCAACGCGGGCCGCUGCAGCCCUGCCUCCUUCAUAGUCCCCGCGGCCUCCUUCCUGCUCUUCUGCCUGCUCCUCUUCCUCUUCACCUUUACCAGGCCUUACGCGCUGCUCUACAAUCAGGCCUCGCUGCUGCUCAUCACCGUCACCUUCGCCAUCACGCUUGCGCUGCAGCUGCAGAGCUCGAACUUUGCCCGUCUACAACAGUUUACCGAGAGGAACAUAACCCUAGGAGAGGCCCCAACGACUGGCCCACUAUCCACCUCCUCCUCCUUCUCCUCCUCCAUGCCCCCAGACACUCCCUGCAUCUCCCCCGUGGGCACCUUCUCCCUGGGCAUGGAGGUGCUCCUGCUCCUCUACAGCGUGCUCCACCUCCGCCUGUACGCCUCCGUGCUGCUGGGCCUGCUGUACUCGGUGCUAUUCGAGGCCCUUGGCUGGCUCCACCUGGUGCCUAGUGGUGGAGGCGAUGGAGGUUACGGCGGAGGUACGGAUGGCCUGCUGGGGGGAGACAUGGGCGUGCUGCGGGUGGAGGCGGAGGCCGAGACCCUGUGGUGGCUGGCCCCGGCCAAGGUCCUCCUCCACCUGUGCGCCCACCUGAUCGGCAUCCACCUCUUCAUCAUGUCGGAGGUGCGGUCGCGCAGCACCUUCCUCAAGGUGGGCCAGGCCAUCAUGCACGGCAAGGACCUGGAGGUGGAGAAGGCCCUCAAGGAGCGCAUGAUCCACUCCGUCAUGCCCCGGCGGGUGGCUGACGAGCUGAUGAAGCAGGGUGACGAGGAGAGCGAGAGCUCGGGCAAGCGGUACUCGUCCGGGAACACCGCGACUGGAGCCCAUGGCGGCGGCGGGUCAGGCAGGGGCGGCGGAGGAGACGGCUGUGGUGGCGGCGUUGGGGGCUCGUCGGGAUCAUCUGGUGGCUGUUCCUCUGGCGGAGGCGGCGGUGGAGGAGGAGGCUCGUCCUCCAGCCCCAAGAGCCACAAGCGCAAGAAGACCUCCAUCCCCCGCAGCCAGCUCAUCUUCCGGCCCUUCAACAUGAAGCGCAUGGACCCCGUCAGCAUCCUCUUCGCUGACAUCGUGGGCUUCACCAAGAUGUCCGCCAACAAGACGGCGCCGGCCCUGGUGGGCCUCCUCAACGACCUGUUUGGCCGCUUCGACCGGCUGUGCGAGCUGACGCGCUGCGAGAAGAUCAGCACGCUGGGCGACUGCUACUACUGCGUGGCCGGCUGCCCCGAGCCGCGGCAGGACCACGCCUUCUGCUGCGUGGACAUGGGCCUGGGCAUGAUCACGGCCAUCGAGCAGUUCUGCCAGGAGACCAAGGAGACGGUCAACAUGCGGGUGGGCGUGCACACGGGCACGGUGCUGUGCGGCAUCCUGGGCAUGGAGCGCUUCAAGUUCGACGUGUGGUCCAACGACGUGCACUUCGCCAACCUGAUGGAGCAGCUGGGCGUGGCGGGCCGUGUGCACCUGUCCGAGGCCACCGCCGGCUUCCUGGACGACCGCUACCUGCAGGAGGACGGGCGCGUCAUGGAGCGCGUGGGGCAGAACUUUCAGGCCGAGCAGCUGAAAGGCAUGAAGACCUACCUGAUCUCAGGCAGGAAGUUGGACCCGUCCCAGGGCUUGCUUAGCCCCUCCCCCCGCGCGCUGACCCCUGACCCAAAUGCCACCGGCGUCACCGGCACUCCCCCCUCGACCGCCACCGCCCCCCUCGCCGAGCCGCGCUCGCACUCGCCUACGGAGCUGCAGUCAGGGGGGGCGGAGGGGGCCACUCAAAAUGGAGGACAGGAGGAGUACAGGACACACAGCAGCAAGUUCCCGGCGGGCUGCAGUCCCGGCAGCAAGGCCCUGAACGGUCUGUUGAGCCCCCUGGCAGCGCAGGAGGCCGGGGUGACGGCCAGCCAGACCUCAUUGUGCUCCAUGCUCCACGAGAAGGACAAGAAGUGGGGCUCCGCCACGCUGGGAGGAGGCUCCGGAGGUGAUAUGAGUACCGGAGGAGGAGGAGGAGGAGGAGGAGGAGGUGGAGGAGUAGGUGGUGGAGGUGGAGGUGGGGGAGGAGGGAGGUUCAUGACUGGCAUGGACCAUUCGGCACUCAUCCCACUGCGCGUCAAGAGCUUCCGGGAGAAGAGCGACGUGCACUUUGUGGACGUCAUAAAGGAGGAUAGUUUGAUGCAAGAUUACUUCUUUAAGCCGCCCAUCAACAAAGUCAGCCUUAAUUUCCUGGAAUCCUCUCUGGAGUCAGCCUACCGGAGCAGCUACCAGAAGGAGGUGGAGACCCACGCCCCGGUGCAGACCUUCGCCAGUCCCACCUUCAGCUCCUUCCUGGACGUGCUGCUGUCGUGCGCCGUCUUCCUGGCGCUGACGCUGGCCUGCUUCCUGUACCCGCUGGUGACCGCCCGCACGCCCUCCGCCACCACCCUCGCCAUGGCCACCAGCGCCGCCACCCUGGAGAUCAUAUCACUCGUGUUGUCCAUACGCAUGACGUUCUACCUGGACAACGUUCUGAGCUGCACCCAGCGGGUCCUGCGCGUGGUGUCGGGCUGGGUGCCGCGCCACCUCAUCGGGGCUCUGCUGGUCUCACUGCCCGCCAUGUCUGUCUUCUCACACCUGACCUACUGCCUGCACCUGCCUAUCGAGGUCAUCAUGCUGUUGUGCUGCGCCAUCAUCAUCGCCAUCAUCCAGUUCUGCAACUUCUGCCAGCUGAGUUUCUGGAUGCGCUCGGCUCUGGCCACGGCAGCAGGGGUGGCUCUCUUGGCCGUGCUCUACAGCCCCCUCAGCAGGACAAGCACCAGCGACAUACAUCUUGACACAAGAAACUUCACCAUUAGCAGCAGCAACAUCAGUGUCUUAGACCUCCAGACGACCAUUCCGCCGACAGCGGCACCCCUGCUGCCCACGUCUGCUGCCCCUGUCCUUGGCGGCCAGAGCGACCUGGUGCUGCGGCUCCUGGUGCCAGAGGCCGUCCUGGCCUUCUUCCUGCUCCUCCUGCUGGUCUGGUUCCUCAACCGGGAGUUCGAGGUGAGCUACCGGCUCCACUACCACGGCAACGUGGAGGCCGACAAGCACCGCAUCAAGAUCCAGAACAUGCGCAACCAGGCCGACCUGCUGCUGCGCAACAUCAUCCCCAUCCACGUGGCCGAGCAGCUCAAGGUCAACCAGAGCUACUCCAAGAAUCACGAGAACGUGGGCGUCAUCUUCUGCAGCAUCGUCAACUUCAGUGAGUUCUACGAGGAGAGCUACGAGGGCGGCAAGGAGUGCUACCGCGUCCUGAACGAGCUGAUCGGCGACUUUGACGAGCUGCUUCGCCGGCCGGUCUUCGCCAGCGUGGAGAAGAUCAAGACCAUCGGCGCCACGUACAUGGCGGCGUCGGGCCUCAACGGCCUGCAGUCCUCCUCCUCCGCCAGCCAGGCCACCACCAACACGGACGCCCACAGCACCACGCACCACCUGAGGGCGCUGUUCGACUUCGCGCUGGAGAUGAUGCAGGUGGUGGACGACUUCAACAAGAACAUGCUGGGCUUCAAGUUCAAGCUGCGCAUUGGCUUUAACCACGGCCCGCUCACCGCCGGCGUGAUUGGCACCACCAAGCUUCUCUACGACAUCUGGGGCGACACAGUCAACAUCGCCAGCCGCAUGGACACCACUGGCGUGGACUGCCGCCUUCAGGUGAGUGAGGGGAGUCACGCCGUGCUCAAGGGCUUGGGAUACACCUUUGACUACCGUGGCACCGUCAACGUCAAGGGCAAGGGUCAAAUGAGGACCUACCUCUACCCCAAGAUGGGCGACGGAAGCAGCGUUGGCGUAGUGUGCGGAAGUGUUGGAAGCAACGGCAGCGGUGGUGGUGGUGGUGAUGGUGAUGGUGAUGGUGGUGGUAGUGGCGUCGCAAUGCAUCACCAGUUGCCUGUCACAGAGAUCCAUGCCAAGCCUGAAGGAGACGGUAGGCAAGUAUCCACAUUGGGGGAGACUCCUGGUAAAACCCCCAGUGUUGCUGCCCCAUUACUCCCAGCCCCAUCCCCUGUGGUCUUCGCCACUCCAGUCAACGCUCCACUUAGCUGCUCACAACCACAACCACCAUCGUCAAAACCACAAGCACCACCAUCGUCAUCAGCAUUAGCACCGUCCUCUGCCAUGCAGGGUAUCCUUGGAGUGCCUCAGGGACCUGUCUUAGGCCCAACCGACAUAGCUAUGGAGACAGCAGCCAAGGACAGCAAAAAUGAGCUCCUCCUAGCCCCUGAACUUGGCGGGGCGGGGGCGGGUGUUCGGAGAGACCCAUAUGUUUCUUCUUCUUUUUCUUCUUCAGUGCCUAGUAGUACCGCCACCGCCAUCGGGCCCCCUCCGCAGCAGCAGCAGCAGCGUUCGGUAGAGCAGCAGUGUUUCCCUUCACCUUCAUGCCCGAAGGGUCCACAUAGACAAAGGGACGAAGAUGAGGAGGAGGAGGAGGAGGAGGCAGACGAACACACUAAACUCAGAGCUGCCGAGUGCUCGUGACUGGACCUCUCUCUCUCUCUCGCCACGAUGGGCCUUUUUUCACGUCACGUCAGACACCUUCGAGUCGAUGCUUUCAAACGAAGCGGGUAUAAGUGGCUUCCGGUGGCAUAGACAUGAAUUUACACCACACCCUACUGUUCUGUUUCUAUGGAAACCGGUGGUCGUUUAUACCUCGCUUCGCUUCAAAAUGGAAAUUGUUGGACGUAAUUGCGAAAAAGGCUGAUUGCUUGUCUUUCACCUCAUGCCUCCAAUGGAGUGACUUAAUCUUUUUGGUUUAGUUUUUUGUUUGUUUGUUUGUUUUGGUUAAUGGAAGUGUUAGAAUCUAUUCUACUCUCCUCCCACUACGAAAAUGGCCUCCUUUAAGGACAAAAAUACAAAUAGUAAAUUAAAAUGGACGCAUCAUUUUGGUUCCACAGACAUGCCCAUUCCCUUUGUGCUAGACUUGUGUGGCCUUGCAUAGUUUUAUAUCUUGCUUACAUUUUUGACAAGCAUCAGAAGCAUAAUAAGGGAAUGUGUGUGUGUGUGUGUGUGUGUGUGUGUGUGUGUGUGUGUGUGUGUGUGUGUGUGUGUGUGUGUGUGUGUGUGUGUGUGUGUGUGUGUGUGUGUGUGUGUGUUGGUCUUGUCUUCGUGCACAUGUACAUGCAUGUGUGUGUGUGGGUGCGCGCUUGCAAGUAUGAAGAGUAGAGUUGUGUGUAUUAUUUGUGUAUUAUGGAGCAGAUAAAAAAAUGGAUGGUAUUUUUUAGCUGUGUGGAUCGCAGUGAGGCACAACCUAUUGGGAAGGGGAGAGGAUAGAUAAAUCCUGGGUGAAGGGAGGCUCCAGUUUUCAUAGGUGUUAUUAUUGUUGUUGUGUUUUCUUAUUCUUUUCUUGAGUUGAUCAAGUGCCUUCAGUAUAGAGAUCAAUCAGCAAACAGUGUCACUUGCGAAGCAAAUAACUGAACAAAUUGAAAUCAGUUGAAUCAAAAAUCAACAACAGCCCUUGCAUGGCUUUUUUUCAAAAACAAAAAAAGGAGAAAAAAAGAAAAGAAACUUUUAAAUGACGGAAAAUGCUGUGGUUAUUAAUAAUACGCUUUCUAUUUUGGUUUAUUGUUGUAUUAUUGUUUCUUCCUCUUCUGCCACAUGACACAUUUUAUUUUGUUUUUUUUAGUAUAUAGUAGCUUCUGUAGAGACAUCUUACAAUGAGACAUGCCAGUCAAGGACAACACGUUUAGCAGAAGGGAAUUCAUUUGCAGUGUAACAAGUCAGCCAUUUUGUAACAUUGCAGCAGAAGUCAAUACAAAUUCUGACAUUAAUUUAAAAGACUUUUGAGGAUAACACCCUUUUUUUCCUUAAAAAACAUUACAAAACAAAACACAAGUCUAACAACCAAAAAUGUCCCUCUACUGUACAUACAAGUAUGUUUAAAGAGAGGUUCAGAAAAUAAGACGAGUAAAUAUAUGCAUAUAAUAUAAAAGUCAGUGGUAGUGACCAGGAGAAGAGAGCCAUAUUUGUAGGCACAUGACACUGUAUGAUAUCCUAAGAAACUACAGUAGCCAAGAUGAAAUCCCACUCAUUCAAGAAUUCAAAGCACACAGGUGGCUUCUUAAAAAGAUAUUUAAGAUUCGGAAAAUACAAUUAAAUCCCUAUUCUUAUAUCUACGUUUAGAUAAGAAAGGUACUUUGAAAUGAAGAUUUUAGAUGUAGAUACUUAAAUCCUCAGACAUAAUAAGCUCCCAAGGUAGUCGAUACAACAAAAAUGGAAUAUGACUGCAAGACGUGUUGGUAAUGCUUUUUGGUAUGGUAUCCAGGCCCGUCGACGGGAGUGGGUGGGACAAAUGGGUGCAUUUAUCAAAACAGCAGUUGCUAACUAGGCUAGCUACUGUGUUGUUCACAAUACACUUACCCAUUGGCUACUAUCCAAGUUGCUAACUGACUGACAGCUAUGCUUUCGAGAAACACAACCCAGAAUUGUGUCCCCAUUACAUUUUAUGUAUUGAGAGGGGGGCCCUUUCAGAUUACUUUUUCCUGGGCCUGGUCAAGGCUAUCAAGUGAUAGCCCUCAAGCCCUAGUGAUAUCAAAAUAUUAAACCUCAGACAAUCAAUCUCCAUUUAGCUGACACCAAUUCGGACUCCAAAAUCUGAGGAAAAGCAGGGUACAAUUGAAAAAACAAAACAAAAACAAAAAAACGAAGAAAGAUUAUUUAAAUGAACUUUCUGUGCAAUGUGGGCAUUGAAGGCUGGGUUAACUUAACAGAUAAUCAAAUUGUAUGUCUCAAUGAAAAGUGUAUAUUGAAUUUUUUAAUUGUUUAUUGAGCUACGUAUGUGUGAAGCCUGACAAAACAAAUCUGCAAAAAAAAAAAAUGACAGUGUUUUUCCCCUCCCACAGUAUUGGGGGUAAGUUCUUUCGGCCCAGUAGACAUGACUGCAUGCAAUAUCUAGCUCUAUGAUAUCCAUAUUGUGUGGAUAUUGAGGAGGAAGAACGACUCAGCUGUAUUCAUGAAACGAUAUGUGCCACUUUAAAGUGAGGAGUGAAAUAUGUUGUUGAUAUCCCCCUCUUCCUACAAAAAUGACUAAUGGAUUCUGUGCCUAAAAGUGUUCGUGGAGGGUUGAGGGUCACAGUGAUGAUGACGAUGACUGAUAUAAUGACUGAUCACUGAUGAUGUUAACUGAUCAUUUACAUAUUGCUGAUAAUUGAUAAUUGUGUCCUGGUAAUCCCAAAUACAUUGUGUUUCCAAUGUGCCCCGUCCUCUCUCCCCUGCCGCCCCCUGUAAUCUUUAAUAGCCUCUCUUCUUGGCUCCUUCUCUUCCCUCAAGUCUGUUAGGGCCUCUGCACAUUGGCUCAGACAGCACCGUGGAGCACUUUCGCUUCCGACACAAUUCCGACCCCCGCUCACAAUUUCACUCCAGCAAAGAAUUGCUAGUCAAUGGGUGGCUCCGACAAAAUAGAACUCUUCUCUAAUCGCCAGCCGAUUUCAGCGGUUGUAUUGAAAACAAUGGAAUCGACCUUUUGCGGACCAGUGCUCUGCACUUUGUCGGAGCCGGUGUGCAGAGACCCUUACAAUAUCACUCACCUGGGAUUUUAGACACACCUGUCACCACUGAUCCCCUCCCCGUGUCAUCGUCAUAGGCUUGUGUCAACCACCUUUCUCUUUCUCUCUUCAGCAGCAGUCUGUGAGCAGACAUGUGAUUCUUCUAUUUUAUCUGUUAUAAUAAAAAAAGGACUUGGGUGUAUUUCCUAGCAGUCAUCAGAAAAUCAAUGCAGAGCCUAUUACGUGGAUUGAGAGACUUCUUGAUUUGAAGAUUGAGUCAGUCAGGGGACUGGGAGCGGAGGGGGUGUCAUUAUGGUUGGUUAUGCCAAUGCCAAUAAUUGAGCCUUUCAAUAUGUGUUUUAAAUUUGCCUUUAGUUUUUGUUUUAUUUUGUCCCUUCAAAAGAAGGUUUGGAAAUCUCCGUUUUGUUUGUUUGUUUGUUUGUUUGUUUGUUUGUUUACAGAUUAAUUAACAACAUGAGCACCUAACCAAGCCAGUGCCUUUUUUCGUUGCCUCUUCAUCUAUCACACCUACUUAUUCAUAUUUUGAUAUCAGUUAUUGAGUUGCUUGAAUAUCAUCAAAAUGCAUGUACGUACAGUUGUUUAUUUUUUAUUUUUUCGUUCUUGCAAUAAUUUGUAAUUUGUCAAUUUUAAACAACUUUAUUUUUUUGUUCAUUUAUACUCUAUCCCACUUUUUUUUGGAAAUAGAAAUCUGAGCACUGUGUAUCUUUAUAUGGAAAAUAUUGGGAUAAAAAAGAGAAGACAUAUAUUUUCCAUCUUUAUUAUUUUGCCUUAAAGAUAUGACUGGUUUUAGCUGUGCAUUUUUCCCCCAUCAGUCUUGGUGCAAAUCCAUUAUCUAGAUGGAGAGAACAAAUCAUGUCUUGCUCCAGUGUGCACAAUACGUGGUGGCACUUUAGAGUAACAGUAGUGCCUGAAAAAGCUUCAUAAACACUUGCUAAAUCAUUCACAAAUGUUUGUAAGCGAGUAAGAAAUAUGAACACAGCGGACACAAGCACAGCCGCAGCAGGCAGUCCUGAAAGUUUGUCCUCCAAACGGCAGAUGAGAGAGAUGAAACCACCAGAUAGAAGUGUCUGGCUGGCACCAAACUCAUGCAGUAGGAGCUGAUUCAAACUGUGCUGGGGUGCAUUUCUCAGAACCAUAGUUGCUAACUACGUCAGCUACUUCGUUGUUUUCAAUGCAAUUUCCCAUUGGCAACUGCCGAAUUUGCUAACUGGCUAGCAACUACGCUUUCGAGAAACACACCCCUGUGCAGCCGUGGCUUGGCUUUUACCGUGGAGCGUAUAAUGAAGGCUCUAACUCAUUUACAAACAUUUGCAAAUGUUUUGUUUAUAAUACGUUUAUUGAUAUGUGUUAAUAAUGUGUCCAUAAGGCUUUUUAAGGGAGCUAUUAGAACUUAUUCUAAAGUGCUACCCAAUAAUGUACUUAACAUGUCACUCCAAAUAGCAGAACACAACCUUGCAAAAAUCAUAGUAUUGAACACCAAUUACCCUUUUCCGUUUGCAUAAUGGCCCUUUUUUAUUUUGUAGUGAAUGACUUGUAUUUAUUUGUGAUGACUUGGAGGGGUACAUGUACGUAUGUUGAAAUGCUGAAGUCUGAUUUUUUUGUUUUUGUUUUUUUUUCUUUUGUCCGAGGACAUAUUUCUGAAAAUAAAGAUGAAAGGGAAUUGCAGAAAUUUGCAAUGCAAGGAUGUUUAAAAACUGUGGGGGUUACGAGCAAGCCGCCACGCCCUGAUCACACAACAUGCCUGCAUCUGCCUCAAAGUCCAGAAAUAAAAAAGGGAAUUCAAUUUCAAUCCAAGUGGAUGAGUGUGCUGCUCUCAUGGUGUCUGUGGCUGCAUGGGCCUCAAGGGCAACCCACAUGAACAGGAAAUACGGAAAACUCACAAAGUCAUUUAAAGGGGCUCUAUGUAGGAUUAAAAGUGUAAUUAAUCACUGUCCCGAGUCAGCCGAUGCUUAUUUGAGUCAUUAGUAAGUGAACGAUGACUCUCGCAACCACUUUCACGGUCUGGCCACUGAGAACCCCACAUGUAACUUUUGGACAGAGCGGUCCGCUACGAGUGUCGUGGGAAACACUUGUCAUAUGAAAAGUCGCUUUACCUACCAUAUUCAGAUUUGUAUUAAAUGCUGGCAUUCCGUGAUGGAAAACAUUCUCACAGCGAGUUCUAAACAGCAUUUUUUUCAUGACAGUAGAUGUUGAGACAGGCAUGUGUCGAGCACCGUGCAAGCUACGCCAUCCUACAUUGUGCCCCUUUAAUGGCCAUACAGGUGGCAUUACAUCACAUUACACUUAUCUAACACUUUUAUGCAAAGCGACUCUCAGUUAUUACAGGGUAUUGGUUUUAGUCCCCUGAGCAAUUAGAUUCAGCUGGCCAGGGUGGGAUUCGAACCGGCAACUCUCUGAUCCAAAGACCAACUGUCUAUUCAUAGGCCACAACUACACAUUAUAUGCUUUAGGCUAUAUGAAGAAGAUUGAAGUAAAUAAGUACAUAUUCCAUAUACUGUAUAUACUAUAAUAUGUUACAACAAGCAUUGGGGAUGGAAUGUGUACAACACUCAUACCUACAUGAGGGAAAUAAGAAUUUGGACACUUUCCACAGUAUACUGUGGGUACGUUCGGAUCAGAAGACAGUGACUCGAUGACUCGAGCGACGGCAUAUUUAGAUACUACAAUGUUGAUUCUGUCAACAUUUGUGUACAUGAGUGUCAGAAUAAAGAACAUUAUAAGGUAGUAGCUUGGGUAGUAGCCAUGUUUGUUUUUCAGGUUUCCGGUUGAGAGGGAGGUGGCGCACAGCAUUUUGGGUACCAAGGUACCAAGGUCAGCAUCUGUUGCUGUCCUCAAAUUUCACCGUUACGCCCACAAAUGCAGUGCCCACAAACUGCUAAGGGAGGAAAUAAAGCAAUUUUUCGUUUCGAUCCACACUUCAUGACUCGAUGUCCAGUUAGCUCACUGGAAGGACAGCUGCCUUCCCUGUUUCGAACGGACCCUGUGUCAGACUUGUCAAAACCAUAGGUCUCCAGGAUAUGAAACAUUUUGUAUGGACAUGUAAGCUUCAUGUAUUUCUUUUUCACAUGGACAGCCCACAAUAAAACUGUGAGGAAGUCACUGAGAAUGAGUUAAGGUAUAGAUGCCAGAUGACCAGCUUGUGCACAGCCAUGCAUACUGUCUGUUGAUUAUGUGUCUGUGUGAAAAUAACGUUCUCUUGCUGCAUGCACACAGGAUACCUGAUGAUACCAAAUUAGUACUUUUUCUUUUUAAAAGAGGUUUUUAAGCUGAUGACGUUUGCUAUUUGAAAAUUAAAUGUGUAUAUCAAGCAACACGAACCAAUUAUUAGUUUUGAUCAUUUCAAUAGUGAAGCACUGUGAGGUGUUCAGGUGUGCGCUUUCCAAAAUUCUCCAAAAUAACACAAGUGUUUCAUAUGUAGGCCUAUAUACCAAUGGGCUAUGCAAUUAAAUGGCAAAAAAGAGACAUUAGUGCUUUCACUAAUUUUGCUUUUGAUAUAUAAAAAAGUAACUAUAUGUACUAUAUUUGUCUACUGCAUUUGAUUUCACAGAUAGACAAUACUAUCACACUUAUUUCAUGAUAGGCUACAUGUUUAGGCAGUAGGCUACUACUACUAUAAUGAGUUAGGCCUAAUGCAAAUAAUUUGUGGGUGUUUUUAAUUAUUAUUUUUUUUAAUGUAUGACGCCAUUACCG